AUGGAAAUUUCCAGGAAAUCACCAAUACAGCUGCCAAAGCCCUUCCGCGUACUCAGCCAAGCCCUGAACCUCUCGAACAGUGACCACGCGAAAUGGUGGUAUAGCACUGCCCCAAUGUUUGCCGCCAUGAUGGCGGGGGCCAGCUAUGACGUUCACGCACAGUACAAGUUUCUCUGCAUCCACCGCGAGGUCAUCAUCCCGGCGUUGGGUCCGUAUCCUGAGAAAGGUCAACCCAUGCACUGGAAGAGUCAUCUAACGCGCUUCGGACUUCCGUUCGAAUUAAGCUUCAACUAUUCAAAAUCGCUCCUGCGGUUUGCCUUCGAGCCCCUCGGUCCCCUAACGGGCACGCUGGAGGAUCCGUUCAACACCAAAGCCAUCAGGCCUGUUCUCCAGGACCUCAAGGCCAUGGUUUCAGGCCUUGAUCUGGAAUGGUUUGAUCAUUUUACCAAAACACUGGUCGUUUCCGACAAGGAGGCUCAAACUCUGUGUGAUGGAAAUAUCCCAGUCCCCGUCUUCAAGACGCAAAACAAGUUGGCAGCCGAUCUGGAGCCGUCUGGCGAUAUUGUCUUGAAGACCUACAUAUACCCCCGGGUCAAGGCUAUCGCGACCGGCACGCCGAAAGAGAAGCUCAUGUUUGACGCAAUCAAGGCCGCGGACCAGGGUGGUAAAAUUGCCAGCCCACUGGCCACUCUCGAGCAGUUUUUGGCUGAGCGGGCUCCCACCCUCCUCGGCCACUUUCUGUCCUGUGAUUUAGUGCAACCAUCUGAGUCCCGGAUCAAAGUCUACUGUAUGGAACGUCAGCUGAGCCUGGCUUCCAUUGAAGGGAUCUGGACUCUGAACGGGCGACGGAACGAUCCAGAGACUCUGGAAGGCCUGGCUGCCCUCCGAGAGCUGUGGCAGCUAUUGCCCGUCACGGAGGGUCUAUGUCCACUCCCGGACUGCUUUUACGAGCCUGGUACCUCCCCGCAGGAACAACUUCCUUUCAUUAUCAACUUCACGUUGUCUCCAAAAAGCCCACUUCCCGAGCCCCAGAUCUAUUUCCCUGCGUUUGGUCAGAACGAUCAAACCAUCGCGCAAGGACUGGCCGCCUUCUUUGAGAGUCGAGGGUGGGGUGGCAUGGCUGGAAGCUAUCCGUCCGAUUUGGCAUCGUACUAUCCAGAUGUGGAUCUGCAUACCGCAAAUCAUCUGCAAGCGUGGAUCUCGUUCUCGUAUAAGGGAAAGAAACCCUACAUGAGUGUGUACCUUCACACCUUCGAGGCUUGCGGAGUUGCUGCGCAAGGGGUGACGAUGUGCCGUGAGGGGCAGAACCUUUGA